GCAACCAGAGGUGCCUCUCUCUCUCUCUCUCUCUCUCUCUCUCUCUCUCUCUUCGUUUCUUUUCUCAUCUCCCUCACAGGAUGUCUAGUUUCACUCUCUUUCACAUUUUUGGGUAUCUAUGUAUGUAUAUAUUCAUGUUCAUAUACAUAUAUAGAGAACAUAUUGAACAACUAAAGUUGGAUUAGUGCUACAGCAGUUUGAGAUUAUUCCGAGGGACAUCCUCCUGUUCAGAUCACAACACCCCAAGUAUCCUCAUCUGAGAUUCUGUCAAUUUGCUACCGAGUAUAUGGCAUUAAGCACCGAGAGUGGGAAGAGCUUUGCUAGGAGAGAUCUACUUUUGGACAUCGAGGCCCGGGUUAAAAAAUGGUGGGAAGAAAGAGAUGUCUUCAGGGCUGAAUCCCGAGAAGCACCUCCUAAACCGGGGGAGAAGUUCUUUGGGAACUUCCCUUUUCCUUACAUGAAUGGUUACCUUCACCUUGGUCAUGCAUUCUCACUAUCCAAGCUUGAAUUUGGUGCAGCUUAUCACAGAUUAAGGGGUGCCAAUGUGCUUUUGCCUUUUGGUUUCCACUGUACCGGAAUGCCCAUCAAGGCCUCAGCUGAUAAACUUAAAAGAGAAAGCCAAAUGUUUGGUAAUCCACCCAUUUUUCCUUCCAUGGAACCAGAAUCAGUUGAAGCAAGUGGAGGAAGCCAGGUAAUACCUGGAAAUUUUAAAGGGAAAAAGUUUAAAGCUGUAUCAAAAUCUGGUGGCGAUAAAUACCAGUGGGAGAUUAUGCGGAGUUUUGGCCUCUCUGAUGAUGAGAUUGCAAAGUUCCAGGACCCAUAUUGUUGGCUGACAUAUUUUCCCCCUUUGGCUGUUGAAGACCUUAAGGCAUUCGGCUUAGGCUGUGAUUGGAGACGUUCCUUCAUCACUACUGACAUGAAUCCAUUUUUUGACUCAUUCGUUAAGUGGCAAAUGAGAAAAUUGAAAGCAAUGGGAAAAAUUGUCAAGGACUUGAGGUACACUGUAUACUCACCCUUAGAUGGCCAGCCAUGUGCUGAUCAUGAUCGGGCUUCAGGCGAAGGUAUCAAUCCUCAAGAGUACACACUGAUAAAAAUGGAGCUCGUCCCACCUUUUCCCCCAAAGUUUCAAGAUCUGGAAGGCAAAAAAGUGUAUCUUGCAGCUGCGACUUUACGACCGGAAACGAUGUUUGGGCAAACCAAUGCGUGGGUGUUGCCCGACGGGAAAUAUAAAGCAUUUGAAAUAAAUGAAACAGACGUAUUUAUCUUGACGGAGAGGGCAGCGCUUAAUCUUGCAUAUCAGAAGCUGUCCAGAGUCCCAGAGAAGCCAACUUGUUUGGCUGAGCUGACUGGCCGCGAUCUCAUUGGUUUACCUUUGAAAUCUCCUUUAGCAUUCAAUGAGAUUAUAUACGCUCUACCUAUGCUGUCAGUUCUCACUGAUAAGGGUACUGGGAUUGUGACUAGUGUUCCCAGUGAUUCCCCUGAUGAUUUCAUGGCCCUUCAUGAUUUGAAAUCAAAACCAGCUUUCAGGGCCAAGUUUGGUAUAAAGGAUGAGUGGGUCUUGCCGUUUGAGAUCAUACCAAUCAUCAACACUCCAGAGUAUGGAGAUAAGGCAGCUGAGAAAAUUUGCACAGAAAUGAAGAUUAAGAGCCAGAAUGAAAGAGAGAAGCUUGAGGAAGCUAAGAAAAUAGUCUACAAGGGAGGGUUCUAUGAGGGAGUUAUGCUUGUUGGAGAAUAUGCAGGAAUGAAAGUCCAGGAAGCCAAGAAUUUAAUCAAGACCAAGCUUCUUGAUCUUGGUCAAGCUGUUAUUUAUAGUGAGCCUGAGAAGAAGGUCAUGUCGAGAUCAGGAGAUGAGUGUGUGGUGGCUCUGACUGAUCAGUGGUACAUCACUUAUGGGGAACCAAGAUGGAAGAAGGAUGCCGAGGAGUGUUUGGCCGGCAUGAAUCUGUACUGUGAUGAGACACGGCAUGGAUUUGAGAACACACUUGGCUGGUUAAAUCAGUGGGCUUGUUCUCGUAAUUUUGGACUUGGGACCCGCAUUCCUUGGGACGAGCAGUUCGUUGUGGAGUCUUUAUCUGAUUCAACUCUUUACAUGGCAUAUUAUACUGUCUCUCAUCUGUUGCAGAGAGGUGAUAUGUAUGGCUCUGAUACUUCUUCGGUAAAACCAGAGCAACUGACAGAUGAGGUUUGGGAUUUCUUGUUCUGUGGUGGACCAUACCCCAAUUCAUCGGAUAUAUCUUCUUCCCUUCUUAAUAAGAUGAAGCAGGAGUUUGAAUAUUGGUAUCCAUUUGAUCUCCGAACUUCCGGGAAGGAUCUUAUUCAGAAUCAUCUCACUUUCUGCAUUUAUAACCACACUGCACUUCUACGCAAGCGCCACUGGCCUAGAGGGUUCAGAUGCAAUGGGCACAUUAUGCUGAAUUCGGAGAAGAUGUCCAAGUCCACGGGGAAUUUCAGGACAAUACGCCAAGCUAUUGAGGAGUUCUCUGCUGAUGCUACAAGGUUCUCCCUUGCUGAUGCAGGGGAUGGGAUGGAUGAUGCAAACUUUGUCUUUGAUACAGCUAAUGCUGCAAUCUUACGUCUUACAAAAGAGAUAUCAUGGAUGCAGGAGGUUCUUGCUGCUGAGUCAUCUUUAAGAAAUGGUCCUCCUUCUACCUAUGAAGACCGUGUAUUUGCUAAUGAGAUGGAUAUUGCUGUUAAAAUGACGGAUAAGAACUACAAUGAUUUCAUGUUUCGGGAAGCUCUCAAAACAGGGUUCUAUGAUCUUCAGGCUGCUCGGGAUGAGUAUAGGUUUUCUUGUGGCUCGGGGGGCAUGAAUCGCCAACUCCUGUGGCGGUUUAUGGAUGUUCAAACAAGGCUUAUAACUCCAAUUUGCCCUCAUUAUGCUGAAUAUGUUUGGAGGGAGCUUUUGAAGGAGGAUGGGUUUGUCAUCAAAGCAGGCUGGCCUGAAGCUGAUUUGCCCGAUCUUACUCUUAAAAGAGCCAACAAAUAUUUGCAAGACUCAAUUGUCUCAAUGAGGAAGUUGCUUCAGAAACAAGUUUCUGGUUCAAAGAAAGGUAACAAACCAACGAUUGGCCUAAUAUUUGUGAAUGAGCAAUAUGAUGGAUGGAAAAAAGAAUGCUUGAACAUACUCCUUAGUAAGUUUGACCCCACAACUUCUAGUUUUGCACCGGACAAGGAGAUCCUUGAAGGGUUGCAGCAAAGUGCAAUCGUGCAGGAAGGCAAUUUCAAGCAGAUCCAAAAGCUUUGUAUGCCUUUCUUGAGGUUUAAGAAGGAUGAGGUUCUUGCUGUUGGAGUUCAGGCAUUGGAUCUGAAGCUACCUUUUGGUGAGAUUGCUGUUCUCGAGGAAAAUUUGGAGUUGAUCAAGCGGCAGCUAGGUCUUGAGCGGAUCGAAAUUUUGUCUGCAACAGAUCCUGAAGCAGUUCAUAGUGCUGGGUCCCAUGUAUCAUUGCUCAGGCAAAAUCCACCAUCCCCAGGAAAUCCUACUACCAUCUUCUUGAGUGAAUAGAACUUAUGUGAGUAAUUUACUGCCAUAUUUAUGUGUGUACUAACUUGUAUUCUCAGUCGGAAGUUAAAUGGCUUACUAAAGUCUGUUAUACCUACUUAAACAAUAACGGUAUCCAAAAGAUAAGCAGUUAUAAUCUAUAUUUGCUGGAUAUUUAUUGAAAGUUUUAAAUUAAAA